UGGCACUUGGCCGUUGCGCGCGCGGGGCUGCGGAGGUUGAGAGCGCGCAUCGGCGACGGCCUCGCCAUGACAGCGGCUAUGAGGCAGAGGUUCGACCGGUUCCUGCACGAAAAGAACUGCAUGACCGCCGUGCUCGAGCGGAUCGAGAGCAAGACCGGCGUCAACCGCACCUACAUCGCCAUCGCCGUCGUCGGGGUGGUUGCCGUGUACCUGGUGGUCGGCUACGGCGCGUCCCUGCUCUGCAACGUCAUCGGCUUCGGCUACCCCGCCUACGUUUCAAUCAAGGCCAUUGAAAGUCCCAACAAAGAUGAUGACACGCAGUGGCUGACUUACUGGGUCGUGUAUGGCGUUUUCAGCAUAGUGGAGUUCUUCUCUGAUAUCUUUCUGUCCUGGUUCCCUUUCUACUACAUGAUAAAGUGUGGGUUCCUGUUGUGGUGCAUGGCUCCAAGUCCUUCUAAUGGGGCAGAGUUUCUCUAUCAUCGAAUCAUCCGACCUUUCUUCCUGAAGCAUGAGGCUCAGCUUGACAGUGUUGUUAAAGACCUGAAGGACAAGGCUGCAGAAACUGCAGAUACCAUCACUAAAGAAGCCAAGAAAGCGACAGUGAACUUGCUGGGUGAAGAAAAGAAGAGCACUUAAACUGUUAAAUGGAUAAAGUUUCCCUACCACCUCCUUUAUGAAGCUUGAUGUUACUGGGAACUGUGUUUUAAUAAUAUUGCCUUGGAAACGUUUUGGUAUAUUAAAAGAAUGUGUUUUAAGUUUGCUUACUACUUUGCUGUGUCUGUAUAGAAAGUCAGCAUUUUUAUUUAAAAGCAAUGCAAUGGGCAGCAUCUGAAGCUUAAUGAAAAUAUUUUAUUCAUCUUCAUGCAGAAGAAAUCCUUCAGUAAUCUCUCUCUGCAGUACAUAAAUAAAAAGCGUGUAUCCCACAGGCUCUGCACUUUAGUUGUCUCUUUGCAUAUGUAAUUACUCUUAACACUUUGACGGUGGUGUCUCUGGUAACGUGAACCUGUUGUAUAAUGAAAACACAAGUCUGAGCAAAUCUUGAAUGUAGAGGGAGUUAUUGUGAGAAAUGGCAUAGUGGGUGUGUUGCCCACCGGUAACAUUGUAAGUGAUGCAGUUACAUGUACUAGGCACCUGAUGAUAGAGAUUAUUCACUGUUGCAUGUUUUCUUGUAACACAAUAUUUGGUACCAUGUGUGUAUUCUUAAAUGGAUAGAUGCUAAAUACAGGAAAGAGUAACUUCAUUCAAGUGAUCAAGCUUCUAUUACCGUGAAGUAAUUUGCCAGAAAUGGGUGCCUUAAAUUGCACACGAUUAGCACAGGAUGACUAAAGUACCACUCCUUGCCUCCUCUUGCUAAAGAAAGUUGUCAUCUAAAGUUGUUGAGUGCCUUUUAAGGCCACACUCUAAAGCACAAACCACCUUUCGCUAAGGAGUGUUAUCCUUACAAACACUUUUUCCUAAAGUCCUGUUCAAGUAUCAAUUGCCUUGGGUGUCAGUCCCCAGAACUGCAUUGUUACUGGGAUGGACUACAACCUCCAUGAUCUGCUUCUGCUCAUAAAAAUCUGCACUCUCUGCUGACUCUGCUAAGAACAACUUUACAUGAGCAUUGAAACUUCAUGAGUGGAGACGCAGUUCUUUGGUGCAGUUCUUGACCAGCCAGUAAACAUGAAACCAAAGUUGUUAAAAGAGAAUAAAGCUUCCAAUACCAAUCAAUGGAAAAGAUAUUAGAUCUGAUUUUAUACUUGCUUUUUCACACUGCAGUACUUUCAACAAAUUCAGCAUGAGUUAUGAAAUCUCCUGUUCUUAUCUUCCUGCUGACAUUUCUUUAGAGCCUACAGUGAUGCUAUGACAGUUCUUAACUCACAGAACACUCAGAAGGUAAGCUUAAGCUUUUGAUAUGAUAAAAAGUGAUUUCUGGUCAAGAAUCUUAAAAGAUUUUAAAUAGACUUUAGAAGACAUUUGUCUUUCUGCAACAAGUGUGAAUUUUCAGAUGCAAGAACUGCAAAAAAAUGAAGCACAUGGUGCAACUGAGCAGACCAGGGUUGCCUUUCAGAGGCCACAUGUUAUAUAAAGAGAUGCAAAAGUGUCUUGAAUAGACACUUUCAGCUUUAAUCUGGAAAACACAGCCCUUACACAUGUCAACUUGUGGAAAACUUAGGGAAACGUGAGACCCACAUUUUUUGCAUAAUUUUCCAUAGGAGAGCCUGCAGUUCAUUAUUUGGAGGGGGAAAAAAUGACACAUUUUGCACUCUUGUGUCAUGGAAAGACACAGCUAGUCUUUCCACAGUGACUUUUUGUUACAUGUGGAUGUGCUGAACAAGGUAAAAUUUACAGCAGAAUUGUAGACAUGAGUCAAAUCUUGAAGUGGCUCACCAUUGAACUGGUUUAAUUUCUUGUCUUAACUUCCUCUGUCCCAAACUCAUGGAACUUUUUUGUAAGCCAUACUAAAUCCUGUGUUUUAAGUACCACCAACUGUGUGUAUAGCAGUCAUGUGGCCACUGUAAAUUACUUUCACCUCUUGAAAUAAUAAGUUUGUUUUGGUUUUUGUAAAGAUACUUAAUGGUCUACUGAUUAAGGUACAAAGUGCUACAUACCUUACUUCUCUAAAAGCUGAUGAUAAAGCUCAAUGAGGUCUGUAGUCAAGACAACUUUUUUUUUCAUUUCUCGUGCUACUCAGCAGUUCCUCUACUGUUAUCAAUGGGGAUAAAACAUUACAUUACAUCUCUUAGAACUUAACUGUUAGGCUUCAAAGCAACUUCUUGUCUUUCCCACUUCAUAUUUCUUGACCAGCAGCUAAAUUCAGUGCUCCUUUUUCAGUUUUCUACUUGAAGUAGAGCUACCAUCUGAUGUUAACAGAGCUUGAUUUUCUUGUCUGCCUUGAUGCAAGUAGAAAGGACUGAAUUUCUGACAAGUUAUCCUUUCCUGCAAGUAACUCCCCUGGGCUGGCCCCACAGAUCCGUGCUCUUCUCACAGCCAUUGUCACAUCUAUGUGCAAUUGUGUUGGUACACAUAUCUGCUCGGUGUCUGUGCUGAAGUUGUAAUGUGCUAAAUAAAAGUGGAUACAAAUAAAGAGAUUCUUGCAGGACUGCUA